AUGGACUAUUCAUCUAUAUCCACCGAUCCAGACCAUCCUGCCGGCUCAUCGCCAUGGGGAUCGUCUUCUCCACGAGCUGAUAGAACCACCUCUUCCGUGGCGGACGCGCCCUCGCCUCCUCUGGUCCCGCAACACGACUCGCCGUACACAGAUGCAACUGAGCACAUGCGACCUUCCACGGCCAACGAUCAGAAUUCACUGCCCGAACGUCUUCAGAGCGCACACAUCGACGAAUCCAAUCCCGGCGACAGCCGCGCGGGCUGGCGGCACACAUCUCAAACCCAAAACCCGAAUGCUCCUCGGGCUCAAGCUCCUGCGAGAUAUCAAACUGGAGCGAGGCAGCAAGCGCGGCAGAAUGCUCCUAAUUAUAAAUUGCAAGCAAAGAUUACUGCGCUGGAAAGGGCUGGGAAGAAAGACCCGAUCCUGCGCUUCGACGUCCACACCAAUAUACCCAAGUUCAGGACCACACAGUUCCGUGAUUUACGCCGUACGCAUUCUGAGUUCGUGAAACUCGCGGAUCACCUAAUAUCUUCGAACCCCGAAGCGAUUGUUCCUGCUGUGCCUCCGCCAUUAACCCCAGCCGGCGCUGGAACCGACGAGGACGAGGUACGCGUCAAAGCUUCAAUGCAGAGAUGGCUCAACUACGUUUGUAGCAAUGACGUUCUUAUGCAUGAUGAGGAGAUGGUCCUUUUCGUGGAAAGCGAUUUUGGCUACAGUCCGAUGGUGCGAAUGAAGCAGCCGGCAACCGGUGUCCGAAGGAAAUAUUUGAAGCAAUUUGCGCCGCCGCCAGAUGAUACGCCAGAGCUCUUGGAUGCGCGACCCAUUGUUAAACGAUUCUACCUUGGGACUAUGGAAGCGGGCCAAAAGGUCGAUCGUGUAGUGAAAGCUCGGAGAGGCCUUGCGCUUGCGGAGUCGGAUUUGGGCGUCAAGUUGGGACAAAUGCAUGUCCAGGAAACACAUCCUGGAUUGGCAAAUGCUUAUCGAAAGCUCGGCAAGGUCAUUCAGACUGUUGGCGACUAUCACGCAGCACAAGGAACAGCUGAAGCUACGACUCUUGGCGACCCUUUGAACUAUCACUCUUCGGAUGCAUUUAUAGUCAAAGAGACGUUAACAAACCGCCAUAUCCUUUUGCGCGAGCUGAUUCAAGCGCAGCAGACAGCAAGAAGCAAACGCGCAUCCGCGGACCGGUUAAAGUCGAGCUCGUCUGUUCGACCAGAUAAAGUUGACGAGGCCAUCACUGCUCUUGACGAAGCAAUUCAGCAUGAGGAGUACUUGACGAAAAAGACUCAGCGAGUCACCAACAAUCUGCUGCAAGAAAAGCGCCGCUGGUUCAACCGUACCGCAAACGAUGUUUUGCUCAGCAUUAAAGAAUAUACCCUUCGCCAGAUCGAGUUUGAACGCCGCACCUUGAGUACGCUCGAAAGCGUGCGUGCCGAUAUCCGUGCCAUUGAUUCUUCGGGCGGACUUAGUCGCUUGGGACGCGAGUCGCACCCUGCCGCUCGCCGGGCAAGCUUGGCUUCGAGCCAGGGGCCGAAAGGGGAUGCAUGGAGCGGUGUUCCUCGACGGGGUGAUAGUCUGAGUAGGAGCAUUAGCGGGAGCCUUAUCGCGCCUUUGCCGGAGGACGAUGAAGAUGUCAACGGUGGCGGUUCGCGGAUGGGCAUGACCAGGUCGCGCAGUGGGACGAUGGACGACGAUGAGGAUCGCGUUGAUGCCAAGAAUGCGGCGAGUCGUUUGGCCACGAGCACAUUCUGA